CCUUUUGCCAAUUUCCAUAGAGGCAAACAGACGAAACGUGUUCAGUGCGUCACUCACAAUCUUAAUCGUUUGAAUUUCAAUGGGCAAAUACAACUAAAAUCGUUGGAGGUUACUUAAUUAGCAAGUUAACGGAUAUCCGUAUAUAGUAUUAUAUGAGGUAAAAGAAAAGCAUUGUUAUAAUAGCACAAUGCAACAAGAAACGUAAAAAGACAAAAUGAGUGUAUAGUGGUACAGCAUUAUAGGAUCUAGUAUACAAAAUAAGUGUUUAACGUUAACUAAAUACAAAAUCUAAAUACGGAUAUAUGAAGAAUAAAGGGUCAAAUAACUUAUGAAGAAAUACAAAAGAACUGCAACCCUAACAAACAGUACGAUGGUCAGUCAGAGAUUUCAAGUGUUGCUUUUUAAUUGUUUAAAUAAUUAAAAGGGAGAGAUUUAAUCAGGGUGUUUAGUUCCUUCAGAAAAUGAACGAUUUUAGGUAUUGAAUCAGCAAAUCAUUCCAUCUCAAAGAAGAAAAAUUAGGAAAUGACGCAGUGACAAACUUGCUAGUGUCCCAGUUUGGACGCAAGUAUUUAGUUCCCUAUUUAUUAUUAUUUUCGCGAGAUGAGUAAUAAUUUCACUGUUUUACAUUCUUUAUUUUAUUUAAAUUGAAGGGUUUGGGUUGUUUUCAUUGGUUGGUAUUUGAGCAUAGAUCAUAACGGUUAUUUUGUCAUUUUAGAAACAAGAAGAAUCACAUAAUUCGUGGGUCACCAAAUCUUCCGUUACACAUGUCCAGCAUCCGGGUGACGGCUCGCAGCGCAGACUCAAUCCCUGCUGCAGCUCACUGCGUUUCCGUAGCACAGCCUGCUACCCGCUGAGCACUGGCUGCUGAGGGGAAACAGCUCUCGGAAACCAUUGAUCCCGUUCGAAUAACGCCAAAGCUGGGCAGAUAAAUGGCGGAUUAACACUUGUAACAGAGAGGACUGGCUUGAUCCAUGAUCGUGACUUGGGUGCCUAGUGGGGAGUGCGUUGGCAACACCCACCGUAACAUGUGAGAUGUCCACAGAAGGAUAUUAAGUGUGCGUUAUUUCUGCUAACCAGCUAGCAUCGGCUGCCCCCUCCUCUCCCUUCUCUAUCCAAUUUAUGGUAGCUGCCUUCAUCUGUUUGCUCUGUUACUGUCGCGUCUGCUGUGGAGGAAAAUGAAGAAGUUUAACAUUAGGAAGGUGCUGGACGGUUUGACAGCGGCGUCUUCCUCCUCCCCCUCCUCCGCCGCUGCUCAGCCGGGUACUCCAAAGGAAAACGACGCUGUCCAGGAGACUCUCCAGUCCGAGAAUUUUCAGCUUUGCAAGACUGUGCGUCAUGGCUUUCCAUAUCAACCAUCCUCAAUGGCUUUUGACCCUGUCCAGAAAAUCCUGGCUGUUGGGACUCAAACUGGAGCUCUAAGACUCUUUGGCCGUGCUGGCGUGGAGUGUUACUGUCAGCAUGAGAGCGGUGCUGCUGUUAUCCAGCUCCAGUUCCUGAUCAACGAGGGGGCGCUAGUGAGUGUCUUAACUGAUGACAGCAUACACUUGUGGAACCUGAGGCAAAAAAUCCCCGCGAUCUUGCAUUCACUCAAGUUCAACAGGGAGAGAAUCACAUACUGCCACCUGCCCUUCCAGAGCAAAUGGCUUUACAUUGGCACAGAAAGAGGGAACAUCCACAUUGUGAACGUGGAGUCCUUCACUCUCUCAGGCUACGUCAUCAUGUGGAACAAAGCCAUCGAACUAUCCACCAAGACACACCCAGGGCCUGUGGUGCACAUCAGUGAUAAUCCUAUGGAUGAAGGAAAGCUUCUGAUUGGAUUCGAGUGCGGCGUGGUGGUGUUGUGGGACUUGAAGUCCAAAAAAGCUGACUACCGCUAUAAUUACGAUGAGGCGAUCCACUCAGUGGCCUGGCACCACGAGGGUAAACAGUUUGUUUGCAGCCACUCAGACGGCACUCUGACCACAUGGAAUAUACGUGCCCCAGCCAAGGCUGCGCAGAUCAUCACGCCACAUGGAAAGCAGCCCAAGGAUGGGAAAAAACCAGAACCAUGCAAACCUAUUUUGAAGGUGGAGUACAAAACAACCAGGGCUGGGGACCCAUUCAUGGUCCUAUCCGGGGGUCUGUCCUACGACACAGUGGGGAGGAGAGCCUGUCUGACUGUGAUGCACGGUAAAAGCACUACCGUCCUGGAGAUGGACUACCCCAUAGUAGACUUUCUAACGUUGUGUGAGACUCCAUAUCCUAAUGACUUCCAGGAGCCUUAUGCUGUCGUGGUCCUCCUGGAGAAAGAUUUAGUUGUAAUAGACCUCGGACAGAUUGGGUACCCAAUAUAUGAGAAUCCAUAUCCUCUGACUAUCCAUGAGUCACCAGUGACCUGCUGUGAGUACUUUGCUGACUGUCCUGCUGGACUUAUUCCUGCACUUUAUUCUGUCGGUACCCGGCAAAAAAGACAAGGCUACAGCAAGAAGGAAUGGCCUAUUAGUGGAGGAAACUGGGGCCAAGGCACACAGAGCUACCCAGAAAUCAUCAUCACAGGGCAUGCCGACGGCUCGAUUAAAUUUUGGGACGCUUCUGCAUUAAUGCUUCAAGUGCUAUACAAGCUGAAGACUGCCAAGGUGUUUGAGAGAGCCCGUGGAAAGGAGGAGAAGUCAGGCGCAGACAUCGUUGAAGAAGAUCCCUUUGCCAUCCAGACUCUGUCCUGGUGUCCUGAGAGCAGGAUGCUGUGUGUCGCUGGAGUGUCCGCUCAUGUUAUCGUUUAUCGGUUCAGUAAACAGGAGGUGACAACUGAAGAUGUGCAGCUCCUGGAGGUGCGGAUGCAGUGUGAUUUCAGCGACGUGGACUCCCCUGAUCCAGGAGGGGAUCAGACACCCACCUUACCCACACCAGGAGCUUCCUCUAGCCCUCAGGAGUCUGAACCUCCCACUCAGACCUCCACAGGCAGCAACCCUUCCGAUGGACCCCGGGACAAUAUUCCUUGCCUGCAGGUGCGGAGCUCUCCGCUGAAGCAGUCUCCAGGCUACCAGGUGGAGCUCGUGGUUCAGCUGGUGUGGGUGAGCGGGGAACCUCCUCAGCCAAUCACAAGCCUGGCUAUCAACUCGUCUUAUGGCCUUGUGGUGUUUGGAAACAGUAAUGGUCUGGCUGUGGUGGACUACCUCCAAAAGACCCUGCUCCUCAACAUGGGCACAUCAGAGCUGUACAGUCCGUCUGACCCAUACCAGAGGCAGCCUCACUCUCCUCGCAAAGCUCGGCAGCCUUCUGGAGCACUUUGUGAUUCCAACGACGGAGCCAACCCUUCGGAAGAUCGCUGCAAAUCACCUACUUCAGGAUCUACCUCACCGUGCAAUUCAGAUGAUGAACGAAGGCAGAAGUUCAUGCAAAAGGUGAAGCUCAAAAGCAGACGCUUUUCCAAGACCGUUGCCAGUGACUUUGCCAAGAUGUCACGGAAAAUUAGCUCGUCUAGUGAGCAUAAGCCAGACGUGGACGAAAAGCCCAAACCGACCCGCUCCCUCUCAUGUAAGAAGAGCAUUAGUUUUAUGAGGAAAGACAAGGCAGCGCCCAAGAUGAAAGCUGCUUUGUGUAGAACUGAGUCAGCCCCCAACUGCUAUGCCAAGGAUAACUCAUUCACCCGCUCACGUAGUUCCAGUGUCACCAGCAUAGAAAGAGAGACUCGUGAGGCCAUCUCCUCCUUUCACUUCUGCGAGAGUUUUCCCAGGAAGACAGACACUCUGGUUAGUCCAUGUCUGCUGGUGGGAACCACCCAAGGCUCUGUGAUGACGGUGGCCCUCAGUGUGCCCCCUGGUGGGGACCAGAGGCUGCAGCAGUCUGUUGGCAUCUCCUCCUGUGGCACUCUCGUUAGACUCAAAGGAGGCAUUUUGACAAUGGCCCUCCUCGACUCCACUGCAACUCUACUGCCCCCUGUCUACGAGCCAUGGUAUGACCCAAAUGCCUCAGAUGAAGAGAAGGAGAAGAGCCGGAGGCGCAGGCCAGCCUCCCCUCCCUCUUCACAGGAGGGUCAGGAGUCCCAGUUUGCUGUGCUGUGUUCGGAGAAACAGGCCAAGGUGGUGGCAAUGCCGUCUCAGACCCGCCUCUACAAACACAACAUCACAGAAACCUCCUUUGUUCUAAGAGCCGAUGUUGUUUUGAUGGCCGGAGCGAACUGCAUCGCCUGUUUCUGUGCCAAUGGGCACAUCAUGACGCUGAGUUUACCAAGUUUAAGGCCCCUGAUAGACAUCAACUACCUGCCACUGACAGACAUGCGAAUAGCCAGGACGUUCUGCUUCUCCAACCUCGGUCAAGCCCUGUACCUCACGUCUCCGACUGAGAUCCAGAGGAUUACCUACAGCCAGGAAACCUGUGACAACCUGCAGGAAAUGCUCAGUGAGUUAUUUACCCCUGUGGAGACACCUGAGGCUCCAAACCGGGGUUUUUUUAAAGGUCUUUUUGGUGGAGGAGCUCAGUCUCUGGACAGGGAGGAUCUCUUUGGUGAAACAGCUGCUGGUAAGGCUUCCCGUAGCCUCGCUCAACACAUCCCCGGCCCAGGCAGCAUGGAGGGCAUGAAGGGCGCAGCAUCAGGAGUCGUGGGAGAUCUGGCCCGAGCCCGGAUAGCCCUAGACGAAAGAGGGCAGAAGCUGGGCGAGCUGGAAGAGAGAAGUGCAGCCAUGAUGGCCAGUGCAGAUUCCUUCUCCAAACACGCCCAUGAUAUGAUGCUGAAGUACAAAGAUAAGAAGUGGUACCAGCUCUGAUGGGCAGCGUGUGGAGCAUCAGACUCUGUAAUCACGCACACACCACACAUAUUUGUGAGGUGUCGCAGGUUCUCUCUCUUCUUCUUUUCUCCAUUUCUGUCCACGCCGGGUUCUGCUCAACAGACUCAUGCUUUUAUUCUCAGCACAAAACCCCUCACCCAGCAUUACAUGUGUCACUGGAGGACCGCUGAGGAGCAUACGCUGCUCAACCCAGCGCUGCCAGAAGGGAAAAGAAAUGGAGGAAGAGGAGGAAACGGAGGAAUCUCUUUUUCCAUUUUCAGCGCAGAACUGUGGAGUUCAUCAAUAUCACUAUUCAGAACAGAGGGGCAAAGGAUUCAGUCAUGCGUUCAUAUAUAUCUCACAUAUAUCUAUAUACCCUGCUCUUACGUUUCCGAGAAAAGGAAGACACUUCUGCGAAACAUGUACUUGUGGUGGCCUGAUUGUUCUUUUGGUUUUUUCUUAAUUUCUACCUUUCUCUGCCCUUUAUGGUGUCUGCCAAACAAAGUGGACCGAAAUGAGGAGACAAGUCUGAUGAACCUGUGUGCUCUGAGUUUAAUCAACUCAACAGGAGUGAUUGUAUCACUGAACGACUUCCCACUUUUUUGUUUCUUGUCUAAAUUAUUAUUUUCAGAGGUAAAAUUCUGUCCUUUUGAUUGUCUUUUUUUUGUCCAGAAAGGGCCUUUCGAAGCACUUAAAACCAUUAAAUAAAAAACAGGGAGAAGAUAAAUUAUUGCCUCUCACUGAGUAAGGGCUGGUAGUACACUAGUUCAUCUCAUACUGCUGUUUUCCUCCAAGAGUUUUUCAUUCAAGUUAGGGCCUUGGAAGAAUAAGCGGCAUGUUCUCUGAGAGUCACUUUAGAUUUUAUUUUAAGUGGAGUUAUUUAUUGGGACAGUAUAAUAGUUCAAAUAUUUUUUUUUUGGCAUUACAUUUUGUUUCCGUCUUUUGUUCUUACCCUGCUGACAAGAGUUUACAUUAAUCUAUGGUGGAGAAACCUAAAGGUAGAAAUGAAGAGUUCAUACACUGGAAAGAAAAUCCUGAAGGUUGUUACGAAAUUAUAUAAAUGAAGAAGACGAGGCAUAAAAUUGCCCUUAUUGUAAUUAACAUAAAUGUAUAUUUUGGUUAAAAUUUCAAUUUUUUGUGAUACAGAUUUUAUCUAUAGAUGAUGGCUAUCUGUUCAUGUUUUCUGUCUGUCAUUCAUUUAGGUCUGGUGUAGGAAAAAAAAGCAUGUGUGUCUUAGCACAUUGGAAACUGUCUCGUCUUUGUAGCCAUCGGUAGAAACGACCGAGCAUCGCUGUGUCUGUCACAGUAACGUCAGUCGUCUUUUGUCUCUUGCCUUUGCCUCAUAAUGCAUAUGCUCGAGCCUAUUUAUGUGUCCAUCUUGUUUGUUUUUUUUAGUUCUGCAUAAAUUACAUUUACAUUUAUGCAUUUAGCCUGCGCUUUUAUCUAAGGCGAAUUUCAAGAAGCUUGGCGUUGUUUCCCAAAGUGACUAUCUAGAAUCAAACAGACUUCCCCUUUGUUUUCAUGAGGUACUACGCUACAAUCUGUGUCAGUGUAGGAGCAUCAUCUUUUCUGCCCUCGACUAGACCAACGUCCGUUCCAUAUGCUGCCAAAUGUUGUAAAUAGCAAGGACGGCUGGACACAAAUCUGACAGCGCAGGUUCAGGCAAGGUGCAUCAUACGCUUGCGGCCAUGUUCUUUUUCGACACCAAAGAGUUGCUUAAUUUCACAGAGUUGUCGUAUGAUUGGAGUCAGCUUGGUCCCUAUUGAACAGCAGUUUUAACAGAGAAAUCUUAAGAGUUUUCAAGUUGUUGUGUUUGAGGUCACUGAGUUCUGUUAGUGGGAAAAACAAUAAUGUAAUAUUUUGUCCAACGUAGACAAAGUUGUUGGACUUGUUUACAAACACUCUUCCCAGGCCAAACAAAAGGAGCAGACUGUUAGAUCAUGCUUUUAGGCUUGUUAAAAAUCCCUGUUACACAUUGUGGCUGUCAUCAGCUAUUCUUGGAGUUCAGGGUUUUUUUUAAGAUGGAGUUGGGGUGUAUUUCAGAGAAUAGAAUAGUUUUUUUUAUUAUUAUUCUUGGCUACUACUUCAUGCAACUGAAAUUUGAAUUUGUAGAUUGAGCUUCCAUGUUCUUUUUUAGAUUACGUAAAAAUUAUUUUAAGCUGUCAUGUAUUAAAAACAUAAACAAGAUUUAAUUAAAGUAUAGAGUCAGCCUCUUCUGGUGUAUAGUGGUACUACAGCCAAACUUACACUUCACUGUCAAAAUGAAAAAGGAUGUCCAUCUUGUAUUUUAUACUUUAUCACAAGUGUUUGAAAUAUUAACACUGAUGAUUUACAUCGUAUCCAUUUUCUUUUGGGACAUCACUGUCAGCUUCUAACUCCAAUGUUAUAAAAAACGUAUCACAUUGUGCUUAUACAGGCAGUUACACACCUGUGUUAUUUCUAGACUUAGGUUUGGACAGCAUUCAGGACUGGCAUGGACGUAGUGUGUCAUUUUAGUAACCACUUCAUGUUUCAUAGAACAUGUACUAAUAUUUUGAACAUUUUAACAAAAACCAGUCUGCCCGCUUUCUGUUACUUUAACAGAAAGAAACAAAACUCACUGACCAUGAACAGCAGCAAUACUUGACAAAGACAAAGUUACAGUUUAGGAUUGAAAAUGUCUUUUUCUUCUGUUGUGGACAAAGGCGUCACUCAUUACCGCACCAAGUUGCUGUAGACUUAUUUGAAUUUACAGACAUGAAAUCCAAUUUACGAGAUACUGUGAGAUGUUUUAAGUUCGAUUCCUUAGGUUUACUUAGACACAUAGUGAAGUCUGAGAUAUCGGUUUAACCAAAAAAAUAAGAAACAUACAAAACUAAUAAGCAGCAGUUUUAAAAAAACAAAAUCCCUUCACAUUUAUGCUGACUGAUUUAAACCUGUGCUACUAUAUCCAGUACUACUGAGAGAAACAUAGUCUAAAGAGAAGUCAAUGUGGGUUUUGCACUAUUUUUUGUACUUAAAUAAGAGUUUUGUUGGAAUGAUUUCACUGUGUUAUUUUGUUUGUGUCCCAUUUUAUUAUUUUUGAAGGGACCAAAACAUGACAGAACCUACUAUGCUUAUUUGUGUCAUUGCCAAUUAUGCUAACUGCUUCACUCUCAGAUUUGUUUUCGAUGCAAGAUCAUAAAGACCAUGAUUAUAUUUAUAAAUAUGAAAACAAAUAUAAAUAUAUAUAUAAAUAUAUAAAUACAUUUUAAUUUAAGACUUAUUGAAAAAUGACAACCUUUAAUGUAAAUUUGGGAGAGCGUAACCUACACAUCAGUGUCCAAAUGAUGGUUGUGUAUAACGAUUCAAUCAUCCCGACCUGACAGUGAACAGUUUCUGGUUAUAUAUAAACACGCGCUCAUCUCUGAUUCAAGCUUUGCUAUUGCAGGGGGCGUCGUCUCCUCUCAGCGGGCCGCUCUGACUUUCUACGAACCGUGGCCUCGACUUUGAAGUGCUUCAGUUUGCAACGUAUAUGUCCUAAAUGGUCUCUUAUUGCACAUUGAAGGAUGCAUGAUAUUAAGUGUUUACAAACUUGAAACGACCAUGUAUUAUCCCUGUUAGAGAUUGUCUGUUCUGUCAUUUAUAUUUACCACCACGUUGAACAAACCCCUCCCUCACACUAACGUCUCAUCACACACAUUUAAGCCGUGUCCAUUUUCUUGUUUUUCUUGGUUUGAUGAUGCCAAUUUUAUAUGUGUGAGAGAUUUAUCUAUUUAUUUUAUUGGUACCUCUGUUUCUGUUACUGUUCUGCUUCAUGGAAACUCGUUGCUUUCCCUGCACUGUAAAAAAGGCAUUGAAUUAUCAUCUCAGUUCAAGGCUCCAUGCAGGAAGCUGGAGGGUUUCUGACUCACCAUCCAUCCAUCCAUCCGUUCAUCCAUCCCCAUCCAUCUGUCUUCUGGGAUGAAUAUCUGUGGAGUUGCAGUAUUUUCUCAUAGUAGGCAAUUUUUGUACAGUUUAUUAAAAUAAAUUUCACAUGGAUGUCUGACUUAAUCUGCUGCCACAAACAAUUUAGACUGUAGAUACAAUAUAUAUAUAGAUAUUAUUGUGCAAUGGAAAAUAAAUGUAAAACCAAUCACAA